AUGCCUACGGCAUGGCUAGGUUCAUGGUAUCAACGUGGAAUGAACUCAUUAUUGGAGAUAACAGCCGAUCAUAUCAAGACUAAAGGAUUAUGCAUAGAUGCUCUGCCAUCACAACAAUAUUACUCUUUUAGUGAUCGAUUGAAUCGUUGUACUCGAUGUUUAGUAUUCAUUCAACGACAUAUCAAUUUACUUCAGUAUCGUGAAAGUGAAUGCAUUGAUGCAGAUGAUCUCUCGAGCAUUACCUCAUGUCCGAAUAUGAUUGCGCCCGAUGCUGUGUUGUACACACUUCAUCGAAACGAUUCCAAGCCACAAUCUUGUCCUAUUCAGCCACCAUUUCUUUUUACAUAUUUAAUAAAAGACAGUUCAGUUUGUAAUCAAUCCAUUUCAUCAUCGUACAUUAAUGAAUGUGCGAAUGAUUAUCAGUUUCAUCUUCAUCUUGCUCCGUGUGCAUCAAAUCAACCAACUUUUGAUCUUCAGUUUACCUGUGUUGGAACAUGGGUAGAAGAUUUUCAUACUUACUUCGUUACUCGAAUUAUCUCUAAACGGCCACGUCAUCAUAGAAGCAAUCAAUAUGGUUGCUUUCGAUUUUUAUCUAAAGAAAGAUCUUCAUCAUUAUUAUCACUUAGUAUCGCUACGGACGAUUCCUGUCGGGAUCUAUAUUCGAAACAAAUGUCGACAGUCAUGACCCUUUCAGCAACACAUUAUCAAAUAGCUAAUAAAUCGACGGACUUUUGCAUAUUUCCUGAUCAGUAUCAAGCAUAUGAAUGGUACACAAUUAAUGGAACAAUACGAAUGAUUAUUAAUAAUACAGAUAUAGAAUUAAUUGAACUUAAUAAACGUUUAUAUUGUCAUGAAAUGAUCCACUCAGAAAAAUCAAUAACUACUUAUCGAAUACGAACAUACACAAAUUGUCAUAUUACACAUGAAUGUCUUCGUCUAAUUCAACGAACAGAUAAUGUUAUCGAGCUUUAUACAGCUACGUUCUUAAAUGAAAAUGGUUGUUCCGAUUUAAAUGAUGAUAAUUAUGAGUUAUAUUUAACAUUUUUUACAAAAUCAUUUAUACCAUCGGAUCCAUGUCCACCCUAUAUCAAUGAUUUGUUAGUUCAAUCAACAACUAUUGAUUUUGAUUUGAAGACAAAAUCAUUGCAUAUGUCUAUUGAUUGUGAUAAGGAACAAAAAAUAGCGAUCUCACAAAAUGACCAAGAUCUCAAACUUCGAUCCAUAACUGGACUCGAAACAUGCCUUGCAUCUUGGCGAUCGGGCGAUUCGUUGACAACAUAUUUCAUUGCUCAAUCGAAACAUUCGAAUGAUUUUUAUUGUUUCAGUUUCGAAAUGACUAGUCGAAUAACAAUUCGAAAUAAUCGACAUGGAUGCUCAUUUGCCAGUCAUGCAGACGAAGAAUCAUUUUCUAUACAUUCAGUUUAUAUUGAACAAUUUUGUUCUCGAUCAAAAAAAUUAGUAUCAAAAUUUAUUCUACUAUUAAUAACAAUCUUUUUUUCUAUCAGCAAUAUUGAAUAG